AUGUCGACCUCGGAAGCUAACCUGAACCGAGGUGCCGACCGCGGCAUGGAAGACAAACAAACAAGGCCGCAAACCCCAUCAGAAAAAGAAGCUAUCGAAGCAAAGGAGCAAAACGAUAGCGAUGAUGCAUUAUCAAUCUCGUCGUUACCGCACUCGAUCUCCUCUGAGCACUCCGCGGAGACGCAUAAACCGAGGCCUUCCGACACCAAGCAACGGCCUGUUAGUCUUGCAAGAACAACCUCUGUAAACCCAGAGGCUGUUAUUGUGCCUCGCUCCCAACGACGCGGAUUGCUUGCCCGCUUUGCUCUCAUCCCUGAAGUCGAAAACCCCGUGCACUAUGCCAGGAAAACGAAAUGGUUCGUAACGUUCAUAGUCGCCUUCUGUGCCAUGGCAGGGCCAAUGGGAUCUGCCAUUGUUAUGCCAGUACUUCAUGAGAUCAGCACAGUAUUCCACGCAAACGGGACCGUGACCAAUCUGUCUGUUGCGGUGUACAUGUUGAGUAUGGCAAUUUUUCCACUCUGGUGGAGUUCCUUCUCAGAGAGGCUCGGACGACGGACGAUCUACAUUACGUCUUUCCUUUGUUUCGUACUUUUUGGCAUACUGUCGGCUAUUAGUACUAGCAUCAGCAUGUUGAUUGUCUUCCGAACGCUAUCUGGCGGCGCAGCCGCAUCAGUACAAGCAGUCGGUGCUGGAACGAUUGCAGACAUUUGGGAAACAAAGGAGCGGGGACGAGCGAUGAGUUUCUUCUACCUUGGGCCACUGUGUGGACCACUCCUAGCGCCCAUCAUCGGUGGUGCACUGGGUGCUGGUCUAGGAUGGCGAAGCACACAAUGGUUCCUCGUUAUAUACGGCGGAAUAACAGUAAUAUUCGUCAUACUCGCCCUCCCCGAAACGCUGCACCGCGAAACGAAUUCUCCUACCAACCCAACCCCACCGCCGCCCCUGAACGAGAAAGACACUUCUUCACCCCUGAAUCGCAGCCAAACCCGCGCUUCGACCGUCCAAAAAACGAAAUCCCUCCUCAUACAACUUCGCCAAAUCUUCAUCGAUCCCCUCCGUAUCGUAGCCUGGCUCCGCUUCCCGCCAGUGCUACUCACCGUCUACUACGCCAGCAUCACAUUCGGCUGCCUGUACAUUCUCAACAUAAGCAUUCAACGCACCUUCGCCGCGCCCCCUUACAACUUCGGCACCUUCCUCGUCGGCCUUCUAUACAUCCCAAACUCGCUCGGCUACUUCCUCGCCAGCAUUUUCGGCGGCGCCUGGAUUGAUAGAAUCAUGCACCGCGAAGCCAAGAAAGCAGGGCGUUACGACGACCGCGGUGCCCUCAUUUUUCGCCCUGAAGAUCGCAUGAAGGAAAACGCAUGGAUAAGCGCUAUCCUCUGGCCCACGGCGCUCAUAAUAUAUGGCUGGACAGCGCGAUACGGAAUCCAUUGGAUCGUACCUAUGAUUUCAAACUUUUUCUUUGGUAUCGGGUCUAUGCUUAUUUUCGCGCUGGUAAACACCAUGCUAACGGAGUUUAUGCCCAAGCGCGCGGCGAGCGGCAUUGCAUUGAAUAAUUUUGUGAGGAACAUCUUUUCUUCUACGGGUGCGAUGGUGGCGGAGCCGCUACUUGCAGCUAUUGGGAAUGGCUGGUUGAUGACGAUUUUGGGUGUUUGGAGCGUCGUCACUGGGUGUGCGGCGUUGUUUGCUAUGAGUAGGUGGGGCGAGAGGUGGAGGGUCAGGAUGGUGGCGGAGUUUCGUUAG